UUGAAGAUGGUCAUUUAAGCCACUUUAUAGAUGGAAAAGGAGGUACAGGGAAUUGGAUGUCCUAUGUCAACUGUGCCCGCUUCCCCAAGGAGCAGAACCUAGUUGCUGUGCAGUGUCAAGGGCAUAUAUUUUAUGAGAGCUGCAAAGAGAUCCAUCAGAACCAAGAGCUCCUUGUGUGGUAUGGAGACUGCUAUGAGAAAUUUCUGGACAUUCCUGUGAGCCUUCAGGUCACAGAGCCCGGGAAGCAGCCAUCUGGGCCCUCUGAAGAGUCUGCAGAAGGCUACAGAUGUGAAAGAUGUGGGAAGGUAUUUACCUACAAAUAUUACAGAGAUAAGCACCUCAAGUACACCCCCUGUGUGGACAAGGGCGAUAGGAAAUUUCCCUGUUCUCUCUGCAAACGGUCCUUUGAGAAGCGGGACAGGCUUCGGAUUCACAUUCUUCAUGUUCAUGAGAAGCACCGGCCUCACAAGUGUUCUACAUGUGGGAAAUGUUUCUCUCAGUCUUCCAGCCUUAACAAACACAUGCGAGUCCACUCUGGAGACAGACCAUACCAGUGUGUGUAUUGUACUAAGAGGUUCACUGCCUCCAGCAUACUCCGCACACACAUCAGGCAGCACUCUGGGGAGAAGCCCUUCAAAUGCAAGUACUGUGGUAAAUCUUUUGCAUCCCAUGCUGCCCAUGACAGCCAUGUUCGGCGUUCACACAAGGAGGAUGAGGGCUGCUCAUGCAGCAUCUGUGGGAAAAUCUUCUCAGAUCAAGAAACAUUCUACUCCCACAUGAAGUUUCAUGAAGACUACUAGCCCUGCCAGGCACAAUGACUCAUGCCUGUAAUCCCAGCACUUUGGGAGGCUGAGGCGGGUGGAUCUCUGAAGUCCAGGAGUUCAAGACCAGCCUGGGCAACAUGGUGAAACCCCGUCUCCACCAAAAAAAUAUAAAAAUUAGCCAGGGGUGGUGGCACAUGCCUGUGGUCCCAACUACUCAGGAGGUUGAGAUGGGAGGAUGGUUUGAGCACAGGAGACGGAGGUUGCUGUGAGCUGAGAUCGCCCCACUGCUUUUCAGCCUAGGUGACAGAACCAGACCCUGACUCAAAAAAACAAACCAACAAACAAAAACCCAAAAACGACUAGCCCUCAGAGUGUGGAGACAAUGUUAAAACAAAGGAUUCAGAUUCUCUCUGUUUCCUUUUAUGGGUUAUAGAAGUCCCUGCAGUUGGCCGGGUGGCUCACGCCU